AUGUCGCGCGCCAGCUGGCUCAAGGAUUGGCUUCCUAGGCUGCUGCUGCAUCCCUUUCGCUCUUCUCUUUCAAAGAAAAGGAAAGCUGAAGACAGCAGCAGCAGCAGCAGCAACGAUGCGGUUAAUCCGUUCAAGAAGCUGCGGCAGCAAAUUCCAUCGAGGGCACACGACAGACCUGCAGCCACACCGAGUUCGUUCUCUGCUGCUUACAGCUCACAGCAGCAGCAGCAGCAGCAGCAGCAGCAGCGGAGUGGAGUGUACGCGGCUCGUUCGUUAAGGGCUCAUCAAUUGACUCCUCUUGUUCACAAGUGCCGAGACGCGGAGAUAAACAAAAUUGAAAAAGUCAAAACCAAACAAGCAGCAAACCGCGGGGUGUACAGACAGCUGCAUUCUAAGACACAAGGUCUGCAGCAGCAACAGCAGCAGCAACAGCAGCAGCAGCAGCAGCAGCAACAGCAACAGCGGCUAGUGCCUCCGCUGCCGCUGCAGCAGCUGCAGCAGAAUCUGCAGCACCCUCGACCUUUCCCCAGCUUACUGCCUGCUUCUGCUGCUGCUGCUGUGGAGAAGACGCAAACGAGUGUUUUAUCCUGCAAAGGUCCAGCAGCAACUGCAGACACAGCAGCAGCAGCAGCAGCAGUAGCAGCAGCAAGCGGCUUCUCCAGUAACUCUGUCGCCGCACUGCGGGGCAACCGCCUGCGUCCUCUGCCCGCAGUCGCUGCUGCUACUACUACUACUGCUGCAGCAGCAGCAGCUGCUGCUGCUGCUGCUGCUCGGUCUACCUCGUCGCUGCCGCUGCUGCCGCGCAUCUUUGCUGCUUCUCCUUUGAGGAGCCGCAGCACUUCGGCGUUGCCUCUGUUGGCUCCAGCAGCAAACAGACCCCCGGCUCUACUUCCCCAGCAGCAGCAGCAGCAGCAGCUACAGCAGCAGCAGCAGCAGCAGCAGCAGCAACUAUUUCUUGGGCGGCAGCAAGGGCAAGCAGCAAAGCUGCAGAAGAGCAGCCGAAGUGAGGCGGGCAAUGCACAGCGACCUCCGAGACCUCUCGAGUGCAGCAGUAAAAGGUACAGCAGCA